UCUAGUUGUUUUUGAAGAAGAGCUGACCCAGAGAAGUCUUUCCCUGCAGAUGGGCGGGGACCUCACUCCCGCUCCACCCCUUCUUGCCGCCCACUCAAAGCGACCCUUUCUGGACUGGAUGCGCCGCCCGCAGUCUUCGCAGCUGGGUGCAGCGUCCCGGGUCUCCCCGCUCGCCACGAGUCUCCCCGCCGGCAGGUCAUUCCAGAAAGAUGAGGAUAGUUAGUGUCUUUACAUUCAUGGCCUACUGUCAUUUGCUGAAAGCAUUUACUAUCACAGUUACCAAGGACCUGUAUGUGGUAGACUAUGGCAGCAAUGUGACAAUAGAAUGCAAAUUCCCAGUAGAAGAACCAUUAAACCUGGCUGCAUUAAUUGUCUACUGGGAAAUGGAGAAUAAGAAAAUUAUUCAAUUUGUGAAUGGGGAGGAAGACCCGAAGGUUCAGCACAGUAGCUACAGCCAGAGGGCCCGGCUGUUGAAGGACCAGCUCUUCUUGGGAAAGGCCGCACUUCAGAUCACAGAUGUGAAAUUGCAGGAUGCAGGGGUUUACUGCUGCUUGAUCAGCUAUGGUGGUGCUGACUACAAGCGGAUUACUUUGAAAGUCAAUGCCCCAUACCGCAAAAUCAACCAGAGAAUUUCUGUGGAUCCGGUCACCUCUGAACAUGAACUAACAUGUCAGGCUGAGGGUUACCCCGAGGCUGAAGUCAUCUGGACAAGCAGUGACCACCGAGUCCACAGUGGCAAAACCACCAUCACCAAUUCUGAGAGGGAGGAGAAGCUUUUCAAUGUCACCAGCACACUGAGAAUCAACGCAACAGCUAACGAGAUUUUCUACUGCACUUUUCGGAGAUCAGGUCUUGAGGAAAACAGUACAGCUGAGCUGGUCAUCCCAGAACCACUUAUAGUUCCGGCAAAUAAGAGAACUCACUUGGCAAUUCUGGGCGUCAUCCCGUUGUUACUUGUAGCCCUGACAAUCAUCAUCUGUUUAAAAAGACAUGUGAGAAUGAUGGAUGUGGAAAAAUGUGUCACCCGAGAUACGAACUCAAGGAAACAAAAUGAUACACAAUUUGAAGAGACGUAAUCCAGCGCUGAAACUUCUGAUCUUAAAGCAGGGAUUCUCAGCCUGUGGUCUGAGUUCGUCAGAGCUAAGUAUGACCAGAAGAAUGCAGUGGGCCAGCAGGCUGCAGGUGAUGUAGGACUUAAAAGGCCCAAGCACUGAAAUGAAAGCUGGGAAAGAAGAGGAGGAGAACAAAGAAGGAUGCAGUAGAAAGGGUAGCCUGAAAGGAAGCUUUGGUACUUCAAAAUGACUGGCGACUCAUCGACGCAGAUGAAAGGGAGAAAGGACACUUCUGAAUGAUGAGCCUCCAUGCCAAUUGUCCAUUGCUCAUCCUAGGAAAACAAGUUGAGAUUCCCUGAUUUAAUGGUCAGUUCCUGCAGAAGUGCCCUUUGCCUUCACUCAGUGUCUCAAUUUGUCUUCUGUGUGGUCGAAAGACCCAGUGUUACAACAAUAUUUAAGUAGGUUAUUUCUAUUUAUUUUGAGCCUGUGGGGUCUUGUCAUGUGAGUGUGGUUGUGAAUGAUUUCUUUUGAAGAUAUGUUUUAGUAGAAGUUAAAAUUUUGUCACCAAACUAAACUUACUGCUUAAUGGCUUUUGUGUGUCCAGUAAAACGUGUAGUAUCUGUAAGGUGCUUGGUAUCCUCCAUAACCGUUAGUACAUAGGAAGCAUAGAGAGCAAACCAUUGGUUUGUAUAGGAUAUUAUCUUGUUUAACUCAUUGAUACUUAGGUUGACUUGAAUAAUCUUAUUCUCAGACCUCAAGUGUCUCAAUAAUCUUAUUCUCAGACCUCAAGAUAAAAUAUCAUGAAACAGUAUCUGUUUCAUUUAAAUAGCUUUACAAUUGUGUGGACUCCUACACACAUAAUCUCAUUUAAUCCCUGUAACAACUGUGUUGUGGUAAGCACUAUUAUUAUAGCUAUUUCACAGCUGAGGGAGCACAGGGAUAAACUAAAUUGCCCAAGCCGGUGAAUAGUGAACCUCAGAUUUCCACGACUGUGACCCACUGUCCUCUUAGAAGACAAUUUACAGCUGUGUUUUAAUUUAAGAAAUUCAUUCAUUCAGCGGACAUUUAGAAAGUGCCCGUGCCUGUCAGUCACUGUAUCAGGCAGUGAGUCUACAGAUGUGAGCAAAAUAAAGUACUGCCCCUCAAGGAGCUCAUAGUAUCAUGGGGUGAGCGAUAAAAAAAAUUUAUUAUUAUAAUUUAGUGCAGUGUCAUAGCAUAAGGUGUUGGAGGAGAAUGAUGGUGUGAGGAAGAAAGUCUAGAAAUGCUGCCAAAAGGAGGGGACGUGCUGGGUGGCCAGUCAAUGUGUUCCGGGACAGUUGAAAAUACUUAAACACUUUAAUAACCAAAUCAAUUUUAGUUUAUUUUAGUUUAGAAGUCAGUAUUUUUAAAAACUAUGGAAAACAACUCUUGAAUUCUUUUUCUAUCAUUUUGUUUACCCCUGAUUUAUUUGCCUUUGCCGUGUCAUCUGAUGCUCACUUAUAUUAUAUCUAGUAUUGUUUAGCAGUUCUUUCUUUUUUACUUAAAUACAAUUUAAUUUUGAAUUCAUACCUUUCCAUAAUUCAGAAUUCAAAAGGUCCAAUAGGAGACAUUAAAAAGUCUCUAUUCCAUCCUCGUAGUUUCCCUUUCCAGAAGCACCCACUCUUGCCUUUUGUUUAUGUAUUCUUCUACAGAUAUUUUAUGAAUGUAUAUGGAAAUAUACGUGAAAGUAUAUAUUUAUUUUUUCCUCUUUUUCACAGAGAGGUAACAUGUCAUGUGCCUGCUGUGCACUUUGCUUUUUUAAUUUAAUGUAUUAUUUCUUCUGUAGCAGUUGGAACAAAUUUGAAUUUCCCAGAGGUCCCAGAUGUCUUGUUUGUUUCUAGAUCAUCUUUUCCAUAGCCUCGUGGUAUCUUUCGUAAGACUUCACACAUGCUAAAUACAUACUACAUCUCCAUUUAGGCAACCAGCAUUUGUUGAGUACUUUCUCUAUAAGUGAGUUUGGAUUUGACUUAUUUUGUGUUUCUCAAAGCGAGACCCAUGGGUUCUCUGGGGUUCACUGAGUCAACCUUAUUACUAACUGUGACAGAAUCAUGUCUGGAACUUGUGUUUUUUUCUGUUUUCUCUUGAGUAUAAAUUUGACUUUGAAUUUGCACUUACAAAAUCACAUGUUCUUUUUGGAAAUUUGAGUAGAGUACCUAGACGCUAUGUACCUGUACCAGAAAAGGCCCGUGAGUUGUGCCUGAACCCUUGAGUCCUGCCAGCUCUCAUCACUACAAAUGCCUCCUAAGAUGUUGCUUUCCAAAGCCUUUGAGAUUUAGAUGCCCUCUCAGGAGGUCCCCAAGUAUUCCCUCCCUCUUGGCCGUUUACCUGAAUCCAUAACAAGGAAAAUCUUUGCUUUACUAUGUCAAGGCUGAAGAAACAGAAUCUUCAACAGAACUCCUUCUGUUAUCUUUUUGUACAUGUUCAUUUGUGCAAUAUCCCUUGUUUCUGUGUGUGUGUGAUAAUAUCCUUUAUUUGUAUGAAGUACACAUGAGGAUUCUGGCUGAGUGAGACAUACAGUCUAUUUACUCUUAUUGCUAAGUCUUAAUGCCUUCUCGUGGCGUUGGAUUUGUAAAGCACUUUAUUCCUUUGUCUUGUGUUUCGUUGUAAAUGACAUAGGCAGAGAUAUCUAAUUCUGCAUUUGAUUGUCACUGUUUAUGCCUGCAUUAAUUUAAUAAAAUAUUCUUAUUUAUUUUGUUCCUCA